AUGGCCGGCCUCCUGAGUAACCCAUCGAAUGCAACAACCCUAGUGCUGACCCCAGAGUCUACGACGCCUCCUCUCGAUGGCAGCAACUCCAUCUUUCUCGCGGGUACCACGACGACAGACUGGCGUCGUCAGCUUAUCCGCACCCUACAUGAGAACCUCCACACAAGUUAUGGUCCUUUGACAAUCUACGACCCGAUCCUCCCUAAUUGGUCCGAGAAGAUACCGAUGGAGUCCGCCCUGGACCCAGCGUUUCGUCGCCAAGUUGAAUGGGAAAUGUCUCGAGCCGAGGACGCUGACUUGGUAGUCUUCAUGUUCGGACUGGACUCCUCUGGCGGGAGUAAGGCAGGAAGCGGGGCUGUGAGUCUGCUCGAGCUUGGUUUGGCGUGUGAGCGAGCCCGGAGCCAGCAUGAUCAGGAUGUUGUCGUGUGUUGUGAGAAAGGCUUCUGGAAGGAGGGACAUGUGAGGAUGGUCUGUCAGAGAUAUGACAAGGACAAUGUGGUCUUGGUGGAGACGCUACAGGAGGUGCAAGAGUAUGUCCUUCGUGGCGGAUGGCACCAUUGA